UGUCAGUUAGUCGUCAUGUUGCUUGCUGGUGCUGCUGCUGCUGUUGGCAACAUGUUGCGGCAUAAAAUAACAGUUAAAAUUGACUAAAAAUACAAAAGACUUAAUUAAAAAAAACCCCAAAAUAAAACUUCCAAAUGAGUGUGGAACAGCAGCAGCAAUUAACGGCCAUUGAAUUAACAAAAUCAACAAGCAACAACAACAAUAAUAAUAACAAUAACAACAACAGCAGCACUAGCAACACUACUAGUUCUAUUAGCAACAACAAUUCAAGCCUUAAUCUUCAUGUAACUAAAACGAAUUCCAAUGAAAAUGUCAAUUUAUGUGAUUUAAAACACAAUGAUCUUUUCCUUAAAACCAAAGACUCCGCCACAACAACACUGGACAAAACUAAUGCAGCAGCCGGUGCUGUCAAACAAAAUGGUCAACAUUAUGUACAUGAUUCUAAGGAAACCAAUGGCGAUCAUUUGAAAUUAACAGCACAGCAACAACAUGAAGAUAAUGAAAAAGAAAAAGAACAAAAGGAUCAGCUGCAGGAAGCUCAACUAAAAGAGAAAGAAACACAAAAUGUUGAUGAACAGCAGGAUAAUGAACCAGGCGAAGAAGAGGAAGAUUGUACAAUAAAUACCGCCUGUAUUAUAAAAACUCCUUUAAAUAAAACUCUUCUAAAGAAAUGUACACCCAAUGGUAAUGGAAAUAUUAACUUAAACUCUACAACUACAAUUUGUAAUUGUGCACAAGAAACGGAUACAAAUGAACAUGAUUUUAAUGAAAAUAACGAUCAAUUUGAUCAUUUUACAAAAAUUCCCAUACCCACAUCAUCAUCGUCGUCAUCAUCAGCAACAUCAUCAUCAUCAGCGCCAACAACAACUUCGUCAAUAAAGUGUACAAAAUGCAAUAACAACAAUAAUAUACAUUACAACAAUUACAAUUGUUAUUAUCGUAAAAAGGCAACGCGUUUAAAACCAUCAAUAUGUCGUUAGUAUUUUUGCAACUAAC